AUGGACGGUGACCCGGCUGUUGAGCCAGAGGUUGAUUCCUUCAGUUUAAUUCUCCCACUCCCUUACCGGGUUGCGAUUAUAAUUGUCUUUGGCAUCUGGGCCUGGGGCCUGAAUCUGCAUUACCUGCAUCUGAUCAAGAUUGACGUCCCUGCACUCAUUCGAUACCCUGCUCGUCAAUCACAUCACCAUGCCCUUCACCACCACUCGACGUACCGACUCGCGACGAUCCUUACUAUUCCCCUAAUCGGGUCACUUCUUCUUUUCUGGGCCGUCACUCGGGGCUCCAAACAAGCCGCUCUCUCCUGGCAGAUCCUGCCGCAGUCCUACCUCCUGUUCCUUGCACUAUGCUUCAUCUUGCCAUUCAAGCGCAUGUCGAGCUCAGGGCGACAGCAUUUCCUGCGGAGCUUGAAGCGCGUCAGCCUGGGUGGAUUGGCAGAAGUACAGGACGGAAAAUUCGGGGACAUCCUGCUGGCCGAUGUUCUCACCAGUUAUUCAAAGGUGUUGGGGGAUCUGUUUGUGUCGACGUGUAUGUUGUUCUCUAGAAAGACAAGCAGCACCGCUAAGCCCGACCGUGGGUGCGGCGGCGCGUAUCUGGUACCCUUUAUCAUCAGCAUUCCCAGCAUGAUACGGUUGAGACAAUGUUUGAUUGAAUAUUCCCGGGUUCGGAGGAACCGGUCCGCAGCCACUGGCUGGGGAGGGCAACACCUUGCCAACGCGCUCAAAUAUGCCAGCGCCUUUCCGGUGAUUAUUCUGAGUGCCCUACAACGAAGCUAUGACCCGAGCAAAUAUCACAUGAGCGAGGCUGGGUUGUUUCGACUAUGGCUGUUUUUCGUUUUCGUCAACUCGUUCUAUUCCUUUUAUUGGGACGUGGCCAAGGAUUGGGAUUUGUCGUUGUUUUCUUCCAGCAAAGCCAGAAACGACCCUGAGUACCCUUACGGACUGAGGCGGCAUCGAUAUUUCCAUGCAAAGGAGAUCUACUACGCCGCCAUUGUCAUAGAUCUGCUUCUACGGUGUACCUGGAGUAUUAAGCUUUCGCCGCAUUUGGACCAUUUCAACGACUUGGAAGGGGGCAUUUUCUUGAUGGAACUGCUGGAGGUUACCCGUCGAUGGAUGUGGAUUUUUCUGAGGGUCGAGACCGAAUGGGUUCGGAACAAUCUUGGGCCAGCACCGGAUGAUAUAUUGUUGGGAGAAUUUGCUGGUAAAAUAGACGACGACUAG